AUGCUAGACCUUGGUAGUAACCAUUUUACAGGUGCAAUUCCUCAUUCUCUGGGAAACUUGAUAUUACUGGAACAUUUAGGUAUAUCGGGAAAUGAUUUUUCUGAGGCCUCGCUAUCCAAAGAGUUGAGCUUCAUCAUAUCCCUGUCAAACUGCAAACAUUUAAGGAGUUUGUGGAUAGGUGAGAAUCCUCUGAAUGGCUUCCUCCCAAAGUCUAUCGGAAAUCUUUCCAGCUCACUCGAAUCCUUUCAUGCAGGUAGUUGUGGAAUCAAAAGUGAAAUUCCAAGUUCGAUUGGUAAUUUGAGCAACUUAAUAGAACUAUUCUUUCAAAACAAUAGUUUAACAGGGUUAAUUCCAACUACAAUCAACUGGUUCUUGAAGCUUCAGAGGAUAGAUCUAAGCGACAAUCAAAUACUAGGUGCUAUUCCAAGUGAGUUUUGCAAUUUGCUGAACUUAGGAGAAUUAAGACUUGGACAAAAUAUGCUCUCUGGUAUGGUGCCUUCUUGUUUAGGAAACGUUACAACAUUCAGAUAUGUUUAUCUCAAUUCUAACAAUUUAGGUUCUAUGAUACCAACAAGCUUUUGGAGCCUCAGAGAUAUUUUGGAGAUAGACAUGUCAGGAAAUUAUUUGACAGGCUCUUUGCCUGCUCAAAUUGGAAACUUCAAGGCAUUAGUCUAUUUGAACCUUUCAAAUAAUCAAUACUCGGGUGGCAUACCUAGCACCAUUGGAGCACUACAGGAUUUGCAAGAACUCUCCUUGGAACGUAACAAUCUACAAGGAUUGAUACCAGAUUCCAUCAAGAAUAUGUUGCAGUUACGGCAUUUGGAUCUAUCUUUUAACCAUCUGGAAGGUGAAAUUCCCAACUCAUUACAGGUACUAUCAGAUCUCCAAUACUUUAAUGUGUCUUACAACAGAUUGAGAGGACCGAUUCCUCAUGGAGGGCCAUUCGCAAAUUUCACGAACCUAUCUUUUCUCUCAAAUGAAGCAUUGUGCGGCGCUCCAUGGCUCCAACCUUGUACAAGUACAUUUGAGCAUGAAUCAAGGACAAAAAGAAUAGUCAUGAUUGUUCUGUUGGCAUCAGGUUCUGUCAUAUUAGCCUUGGUGAUUUCAAUUUUUUUGAUGCGGUUAAAGUUGAGAAAGAAAACUCUAGCUGCGACUCAGAACUUGCUUCCCAUGGCGACAUUUGAAAGGGUGUCCCUUCACGAACUUAGACAAAUAACAAAUGGAUUCAGCGUGAGUAACUUACUUGGCUCGGGGAGCUUUGGUUCAGUUUACAAGGGAAUUCGUGAAAAUGGGAUGGUUUGGGCCAUAAAGCCUUGA